AUGUCGUUGCUUCCGGCGUUUCUGGGUCCUCCGCGAUCGCAGUUUGCAUCGACUAGCUUCAUCUAUGAAGCCAUCCACCACCCUGUCACUGUGCUGAUCACUUUUCUGCACUACCUCAUCCUCUACCUGCGAGGUCCCUCUUACAAGCCACCGGUCCCUUCCAAGACCAAGCCGUCGAUUAGGGUCGUCUGCAUCAGCGAUACACACAGCAAAAUUCCCCCUGCGACACUUCCAAAGGGGGAUAUCCUGAUCCAUGCUGGGGAUCUGACCAACAGUGGCUCUCGCGCGCAGAUCCAGCAGACAGUUGACUGGCUAAAGUCUCUGCAAAAACCAUGGCCAGGCUCUUCUGAUGGCUAUAUGCAUAUCGUGGUGGUCUGCGGCAAUCACGACGCGUACCUUGACGAGCGUUCGCGCUCUGCCCAUGACAAAGCGUACAAGAAUCAGACGUUAAGCUGGGGUAAAAUACAUUACCUACAACAUUCUUCGGUCACGCUGUCAUUUCUAGACGGUCGCAAGCUUAAGAUCUAUGGAGCUCCGCAGAUACCCAGGUGCGGUGGGAAGGACUUUGCUUUUCAGUACGAACGAGGCCAAGAUGCAUGGACAGACACUGUUCCAGAUGAUGCCGACGUCCUUGUUACCCAUAAUCCGCCAAAAUGGCAUUUGGAUCUUGCAACCUCAGGUGGCUUGGGCGAUGAAUUCGAAUUGCAGGAAAUCUGGCGCACCAAGCCUACACUUCAGGUCUGUGGCCAUGUCCAUUCUGGAUAUGGGAAGGAGUACCUUUGGUGGGAUAAAGCCCAGAAACUAUUUGAGGAGGUCAGGGAGCACGCCUAUGGCAACGGCAAGGGUCAAUUCACGCAGACACCGCUUGUUGAGCUCCUGGAUAUCUCGCUGUAUAUCAAAGGCAUGCGGGUCAUCUGGGAGGACCUCAAGGGCCUGGCGUGGUCCCGACUCUGGGGCGGCGCGCGGCAAGGCACUAUUUUGGUGAAUGCUGCUCUUACUCGCCAAACAACGAAUCAAUUGGGAAACAAGCCGCAAGUGGUUUUGUUGUAG